CCUCCCCCAGUGGCAGCCUUGGAGCUGAGCUCCGCAGACCUGCAGAGCCCCAGGAACAACAAGGAGCACCACACACAAGAGAUGGGCCUGAAGCGGCUCAUUGUGCGCCGCGGCCAGGUCUUCACCAUCAUCCUCAACUUCAGCCGGAGCUUCCAGCCCCGCACCGACAGCCUCACCUUCGUGGCCGAGACUGGACCAGAGCCCACGGACAUACUGGGAACCCGAGCCACGUUUUUGCUCACCCAGGCCCAACACGGGAAUGUCUGGAGUGCUUCUGACUUCACCAUCCACCUGAACUCGCUCCAGGUCUCCGUCUUCACACCAGCCAAUGCAGUCAUUGGCCCCUAUACUCUCAAGAUCCAGGUCUCCCGGAGCCAGGGUCCCAGCAUGACUUACCUGGUGGGGACUUUCAUCCUGCUUUUCAACCCUUGGAAUGCAGAGGAUGACGUCUACCUGCCCAGUGAAGUCCUGCUGCGGGAGUACCUUCUGAUGGACUACGGCUUUGUGUACAAGGGUCAUGAGAGGUUCGUCACUGCGUGGCCUUGGAACUACGGGCAGUUUGAAGACGACAUCAUAGACAUCUGCUUCGAGAUCCUGAACAAGAGCCUGUACUUCCUAGAGAACCCGUCCAAAGACUACUCCCAGCGGAACGACGUGGUCUACGUCUGCAGGGUGAUGAGCGCCAUGAUCAACAGCAAUGACGACAGCGGCGUGUUGCAGGGGAACUGGGGGGAGGACUACUCCAAGGGCGUCAGCCCCCUGGACUGGAACGGCAGCGUGGCCAUCCUGCGGCAGUGGUCGGCCCAGGGCGGGCAGCCCGUGCAGUACGGACAGUGCUGGGUCUUUGCAGCUGUGAUGUGCACUGUAAUGAGAUGCUUAGGUGUUCCAACCCGUGUCAUUUCCAAUUUCCGGUCCGCACACAACAUGGAUGGGAACCUGACUGUCGACACCUACUAUGACCGAAGCGCCGAGAUGCUGCCGACUCAGAGGCGAGACAAAAUAUGGAAUUUCCAUGUCUGGAAUGAGUGCUGGAUGAUCCGGAAAGAUCUCCCGCCAGGACACAAUGGGUGGCAGGUUCUGGACCCCACUCCCCAGCAAACCAGCAGUGGGCUAUUUUGCUGCGGCCCUGCCUCUGUGAAGGCUGUCAAGGAAGGGGAGGUCCACCUUCCCUAUGACACCUCAUUUGUGUAUGCUGAGGUGAAUGCCGACGAAGUCAUUUGGCUCCUUGGGGAUGGUCAGACCCAGGAAAUCCUGGCUCACAACAUUAGUUCCAUUGGGAAGGAAAUCAGCACCAAGAUGAUAGGGUCAGACCAGCGUCAGAACAUCACCAGCUCCUACAAGUACCCGGAAGGAUCCCCUGAGGAGCGGUCUGUAUUCAUGAAGGCCUCCAGAAGAAUGCUGGGCCCAGGAAGGGCCUCCUCACCCUUCCUGGAUCUGCUGGGGUCCGGCAUGGAGAAUCAGCCGGCACAGCUGCAACUCCACCUGGCUAGGACGCCUGAGUGGGGCCAGGACCUGCUGCUGACGCUUCGUGUCCGGAGGGUGCCAGACAGAGCCCACCCCCAGGGCCCUAUCCGGCUGGUGCUGCGCUUCUGUGCACAGGCCAUGCUGCAUGGGGGAGGCACACAGGAACCCCUUUGGAGGCAAGUGGUGCACUUGAAUCUGGAUGUUGGACAAGAGUCACAGUGGCCGCUCCUGCUUCCCUACCACAAUUACAGAAACAGGCUGACGGAUGAAAAACUGCUCCGUGUGUCUGGCAUCGCUGAGGUUGAGGAGACAGGGAGGUCCAUGCUGGUUGUGAAAGAUAUCUCUCUGGAGCCUCCUCACUUAUCUAUUGAGGUGUCUGAGAGGGCUGAGGUGGGCAAGGCAUUGAGAGUCCACAUCUCCCUCACCAAUAAUCAAAUGGAGCCUCUGAGUAACUGCACGAUGGUGCUGGAGGGAAGUGGCCUCAUUGAUGGGCAGAUAUCAAAAAGCCUUGGGACUCUAGUGGCUGGACGCACCCUUGAAAUUCAACUGGACCUCUACCCCAUUAAAGCUGGACCCCGCCAGCUACAAGUCCUCAUCAGCAGCAACGAGGUCAAGGAGAUCAAGGGCUACAGGGACAUCCUUGUCACUGCAGCUGGGUCUUCCUGAUGCUCUCUAACGCCCAGUCCUCCCUGUUCUUGGCUGCUCCUGAAUGGGUUAUCUUCAUUCCACUUCUGCUCCUCCUCAUCUGCCUGGGAGUGAGUGAGCUCUGUCAGAGCCACUGUGCUCUUGGGAGAAGACAAUAAAGGCAUCUUAUUUAGCCCGGUGUUCUCUCUCCUGUGUUAACAAGCCACUACUUACUACUGGCUGGUCCUCUGGGCCUGGCUGCCUGCCAUGUGGCAGGUCCCUUCCCUCUCUUCCUGUUUUCUCCUCCCUUAAAGACUCCAUCCACACAAAAGGCCCAUUACAAUAAAACAACAGUUGCUGUAAAGUUGAUUCUAACUCACAGCUACCUCAUGUGUGUCAAAGAACUGUGUGUGUUCCAUAUGGUUUUCUUUUAUCUAUCUGUCUGUCUAUCUAUCUAUCAUCUAUUUAUUUAUUUAUUUUUGUACUUUAGAUGAAGGUUUACAGAACAAACUAGUUUCUCAUCAAACAGUACACACACUGUUCUAUGACAUUGGUUAACAAUCCCACAACAUGUCAACACUCUCCCUUCUCA